AUGCUUGGUGUUGUUCAAGGCUGGAAGUGCCCACCACAAAUGGUUGACUUCAUCUCAAGUUUAGGGUGGGGUGCAAACAACGAAUCUUUUGGUAAAGUUGAUUAUGGUAAAGUUGAUUUCACAAGCUCCAAAUAUAUUAUACUUUUUUAUAUGCUUCCGAUCAUGGUUAAACUUAUGGAUGCAAGUUUUUUUUUUUCAUAUUACAUAUUUAUGGAGGAUAUAUCGGAUAGCCAUGUAAGCUCAAUUCUAUCACAGAGUCUCCAUUGGUUUUUUCAGACUCUCUUGCUGAGUUCUUUGCGGAGAAUAAGAACAUUGCUGGGUUUCACAACGAAAGUUGUAUUGUGUAAUCUACCUGGAAAAUCACUUUACAAUACCGUGAGAGAACUUGUUGAAAAUGCACUUGAUUCUGCAGAAUCCAUUGGGGAGCUUCCAUUGGUCGAAAUAACAAUAUGGCGUGAUGUUAAAAUGCGUGCUUUUGAUGAUGCAAACCAUCAAACUUACGUGGACUUGAAGAGAAAGUCAAGAUAGAAAGAUGCCGGUAAAUAUGGAUAUUCCUUUCAAAUAAUCUUCCAGGCAAGUGGUUUUUUUUAAAUAGCUUUAAUUUGUGUUAUUCCAUUAACACCCUUCCUCUCCUUCUUUCUUAAAGAAUAUAAGUUUAAAAUCAAAAGAAACUACAACAAAGUAUAAUCUUCAAUGGCAGAGAACACUUAUUUAAUGAUUU